AAAAAACAGAAAACAAUACCAAACAUGCUCCAAGCCUCUGAUUCUGGCUAAGCCUAUCCUACGUGUUACUCUUUCAUUGGCUAAUCCCUGGAUCUCCUCGACCCCACCAGAUAAAACGCGUGCACUUAAUCAAAAUCAGAGAGAGAAGAAAGAAAAGAGAGAGAGAAACACUAAACAAAGUGUUCCAAAAAAAAAAAAAAAAGCUUCAGAAGAAGAAAAAGAAAUCAGCUAUGGCGUCGAAGCUAUGCGACUCGUGCAAAUCGGCUACAGCCACACUCUACUGCCGAGCAGACGCGGCGUUUCUCUGCGUAACGUGUGACUCAAACGUCCACGCCGCUAACAAACUGGCUUCUCUCCACGCGCGCGUCUGGGUUUGCGAAGUAUGCGAACAAGCUCCGGCUCACGUUACGUGCAAAGCCGACGCCGCCGCACUCUGCGUCACGUGCGAUCGUGAUAUUCACUCUGCUAACCCACUCGCCCGUCGUCACGAGCGCGUUCCCAUCACGCCCCUAUACGAAUCCGUCAACACGGCAAAAUCUAACGGCGGAAACGGCGGCGAUAGUGGCGGUGCUGUUAACUUCCUUAACGACCGUUAUUUCCCCGAAGACGCAGCUGAACCUAAUCAAACCACAGCCGAAGUAAGUACGGAAGAGGCUGAAGCUGCUUCAUGGCUUCUUCCUAACCCUAAAGCCAUGGAAAGUCCAGAUCUGAACUCAGGUCAGUACGUCUUCCCCGAUAUGGUUCCGUAUCUAGAUCUGGAUUACGGUCAUCUAGAUCCGAAACUUGAAGCUCAAGAACAAAACAGUUCAGGUACCGAUGGAGUUGUACCCGUACACAGUAAUAAAAGCUCUCAAUCUCAACCUCCCAUGGCGAACGAACAGUGUUACGAAAUCGAUUUCUCCGGAUCUAAUAAACACUUCCUCUACAAUCUAAGCCACAGUGUAUCGUCUUCUUCUCUAGACGUAGGAGUAGUACCAGAUGGGCCGAAUGGUGUUGAAAUAUGUGAGAAUAAUAAGCCCAUGGGCUCAAAUGGGCCUCAGGCGGCCCAAUUCUCGUCGGCGGAUAGAGAAGCGAGAGUUUUAAGGUACAGAGAGAAAAGAAAGAAUAGGAAAUUUGAGAAGACGAUUCGAUAUGCUUCUAGAAAGGCUUAUGCCGAAACAAGGCCCAGAAUCAAAGGAAGGUUCGCGAAACGUACGGAAGUUGAAAUCGAAGCUGAACGAUACGGCGUCGUUCCGAUGUUUUAGGUUUUAAUUUCUUUUUUUAAUUUUGUAUAUAUAGUUUUUUUUAAUUAUGUAAUGUGUAGUAAUGAAUUUUGCUUUUUACGAUGAGCAAAUUUUUAAGCUAUGAAUCUUUUAACAAGCUUUUUUUUUUUUUGGAUGUAUUUUUGUAUUUUCUAAAAUAAAAUAUGAUUAGUUUGUAAUCUAAA